GAGUGUAGCGGAGAGGCCAAGGCUUGGAUAGUUCCCGUCAACCUCACAGCAGACAGCGGAGCAGAGGCGAGGUUCGGGCCAAGGAGAGAAGACCGAGGCGAGGGAUGGCAGAGAACAACUCCGAAAGCAGUGGCUCCGUUUACCGCCGGUGCCUGACUCACUCUCCGGCGGAUAGAAACGUCCCCUCCGGUGCUGGGUCGUCGAAAUGGAUUCGGCUAAACGUCGGAGGGACUUAUUUUUUAACAACUAGACAGACAUUGUGUCGCGAUCCGAAAUCGUUUCUUUACAGGCUGAGCCAAGCUGACCCGGAGCUCGAUUCUGACAAGGAUGAAACUGGUGCCUAUCUCAUCGACAGAGACCCUACUUAUUUUGGACCGGUGCUCAACUACUUGAGGCAUGGAAAACUGGUGCUCAACAGGGACCUAGCAGAGGAAGGUGUCCUCGAAGAAGCGGAGUUUUACAACAUCACAUCGUUAAUAAAGCUCAUCAAGGACAAGAUCAGGGACAGAGACUGCAAGACAUCGCAGGUGCCAGUGAAGCACGUGUAUCGAGUGCUGCAGUGCCAAGAAGAGGAGCUGACACAGAUGGUGUCAACCAUGUCGGAUGGCUGGAAGUUCGAACAGCUUGUCAGUAUAGGUUACGGGCGGGCCCACCAAUCAGAGUUUCUGCUCAUUGUGUCAAGGGAGGUGAAGGGAGAGGCGCCGGCUUUGCCAAACAACAGCGGAGAGCUGGUCAGCAUCGGCUCCUCUUACAACUACGGCAACGAAGACCAAGCUGAGUUCCUGUGCGUCGUCUCCAAGGAGCUGCACAAUCAAUCCUACGGGACGAACAGUGAGCCCAGUGAGAAGGCAAAGAUACUUCAGGAAAGGGGUUCCCGAAUGUGAAGAGGAUUGAGUAUUAUGAGCUGCAGGUGUUAUGAUGCAAACAUAUCAUCCUUGUGGAAGACUUACUUGGCACAAAGGAGAUUUCAAGUGGGCGGGGGGGUUUGUGCGUUUAUUUUGUGUUCUCCCUCCAUUUUAUUAUUAUUUUUUUUAUUUCUUGGCAUAAAUACAACUGCUUACUGAGAAUUUGUGCCUGUACAUUUUGAACUGGAACUUUGAACUUGAGGCAGUUUUGCUUUUUUUUUUUUUCUUUUAAGCUAAUUGAAAAAACUUGGCCGUCAUCAUAUUGGCCAGUGAUUCUCUCAGGGUCAUCUAUGUAGUUAAUUAAAUCCUGCAACUUGCUCUGGUAUCACAUUCAAAAUAUAUAUUUUUUUGGAGAUGGUAAGAAGGGAAUUAGCUUUUAUUUACAAACAUGAAACAAGUUUGGCAGAGGUUUGUGGUCAUGGUACUACUUGAUUAUUCUGUAGCGCCAUGCAUUGUCUUCCAACAAGGCAGCAUUGCCCCUUUACAGAUGCAUGUGGUCGGCACUGCACUGUGGAACACUCAUAAGGAUAUUUCAGCCUUUCCUCUGCAAACAUUUAAUACUCCUAUUGCUGCAUUUGAUCGGUCAUAUUUUUGCAAAUCUCAAUUGGAGACUUCAUGUUUAUACACUUUAUAUAAGUCAUUUUCUUUUUCCGGCUGACUUAUUGCUUUUAUGUUUUUUUUUUUUAUUUGAGGGAACAUGUGUUUUGAUAUUUUUGGGGGUAGAAGUAUUUUUUUGCGUAGGAGGAUUGCGGACUGGAGCUGUUUUUGAUGACAGUGAACAAAUAUCUGUUCAUAUCCAGAGAAUUUUACUUUUGGUGUAAAUAAUCAAAAACCAAUAUGGAUAUUUAACUCCUUUAAAACAAAUGCACGUUUUGUACACUGUAUAGAAAACCCGCAACUUCAGACGGAAGUUGUUUAUACUGGAUUGUUUAAAAAAAAAAAAAAAAAAAAAGAAUCUUGACGAUAUUAGCCUGUUUUGCAUAGUUUGUACAGGAUUUAAGAGAUUUCUGAGUGAGAUUGAACAAGGUGUCUUUUCACUGAGAACAUGCCUGGACAUGCUUUUAUUAACAAUAACAAAGCGAUACUCAGCUUUGAAGUUGACUGUUACAUUAUAAACUUGUACUUUUUUUUUUUUCCCCCGCCUCCCCCCCCUGCCAUGUGACAGAUUCUUCUAAACAUUUUGAAUUGUGUCGUUAAUACACAGCAUUACAAGCACUACGGUGGUAACACAACACUGCGCGCAUUGCAAACAGCCUGUAAUGUUACUGUAAAUAUUGCAACAUUUACAACACUUAUUUGUGUGUUUUUUUUUUACAUAUUUUCAGGUUUGAUGUGCAGAUUUGAUAGGUUUCAUUCACAAAUAAUAAUUUAGUGCCCCCCCCCCCCCCCCCCCCCUUCACCCUAUUGACCAAAAUCCAAUGUCUUACGUGUAUUGCACACAUUGAUAUUUAGUGUCAGGGAAGAGCAAACUUUUCUUAUUGUCAGCACACUUUGUACAUAUGCUAACAACACUCUUAAGACUUCCACUUAUUCAUACACACUUACUAAAACAGUUUUAUAUUGUUAAAGAUUUAAGUAUGGAUGCAUGUUUAUUUUUUUUUUUUUUUUAUACUAUAGACACACAUAUUUCCCCUCGCACAAGGGCUUUUAAAAUUGAGAUUAUCAACAAAAAAGGUUCAGUCACACCAGACUGGGUGUUCUGCAAGUGCUAGGCUGUGUUUACAUUUGCUAUAGUAUACGGAAGCCUUCCAAUGUUGUAUGUACUGUGUUGCACACCUUCAUGCAUGUAAACAAUGUGUGACUGUAUCCAUGGCAACGAGCACUCCACAUGAACUGAUGACACAGACGUGCUGAGUGAUGAUACCACACUCCAUCCAUCUAUCCAUCCAUCCAUCCACUUGAGCGUUGCAGACAAUCUUCAUUUCUGCCUUGUGAUGGCAGAGAUGCUGGAGUUUAACACGAUGAAACUUACCUUCGUGGGUUCAGAGCAGCGGUACUGUUUUUUCUGGCAGUUACAUUUAAUGGCGUGGCUGUUCAGUAACCUCAGUGGAGAUGUUUAAAAGGGCCUGGAGAUGAUGCUUACAGCCCUUCACAAUCAGGUUACGUGGUUGACUAUUUGGCAUGCAUAAUACUUCUUUGUGUGAUGGAAAAAUCGUACCAGAUCUGUAGCCUACUACUUUUAAGUGCCCUGCUUGUGUUACAUUCAAGUCAUAAUAUUACCACACCAUGACCACCACGAUGAUGCAUGAGUCAAGAUGAUCACAUUUGUAAUAGAAAGAAUGGUUUGUCAUUUUCUCCCCACUCCUCAAUUAAAUAGUUACAUCAAUAAAUAAUGUUCUCAUAUCACUAAGUACAUCACUACUAUACGAUCUUAUGCAAUGUGUAUAAACUAUGAAUAAGAUGAAGGGGAUAAAUCGUGGUCUCGCGCAAAGUAAACCCAAUAAAAAUGUUGUCAGUCAAA